AUGGAGGAGCCAUUGACGUCUAAUGUGCGUCCUGCUACGGACUCGGUUCUCACCAUUCGUAUAGUAAAGUCAUUUCCUUAUAGAAACAUCAAGAACUAUAUAAUGAACUCAGUAGACUUGAAGCAUACCACCGCCAAAAAAUUGUUGGAUGAUAUAAGAGCCAUUAUAAAUACCACCGGUGGUCUUCGUCCAUACAGAAAUGUAGAGUAUGACACCGUCAAGAUAUAUACCAAGGCACAUGGAACCAAGUCGAUGAAUCUUGCUAUCAACUUUGAAAAUGAUGAGGAAUGGGUUUUGGUUUGUGAAAAUAGUGCGAUGAAGAUUGAAGGAAAUAAGUCAUUGUGGGACUUGGGCGUUCGCAAUGAAACUGAACUCAGUUUGUUCAAUUGGGAAGCGUAUGAAGAUUUUAAGAAGAAUCCAGAAGAGUUGUGGUAA